AUGGGUUUCAAAGAGCAGCGGCUGCGCUAUCCCAUCUUCGUUUUGCUUCAUGCAGCAGCAAUAGAUUUGACAAGUUGCUUGCGCCAGCGCAUUGCCUUGAAAUGGAGACGGAAUAUGACUCGAAAGCUGCACAAGCUGUAUUUCCAGAAGCAGCGCUUCUAUCGACUUCAGGCCGAUGUGCGGGAGCAGAUGAUUGUUGAUGCGGAUGUAAGGAUUUGCCGUGAUGUUCAUGACAUGGCUUAUGCGACGUCGGAGGUUGCGGUUGCAGGCAUAGAAGCCAUGGUGAAAACUUGCAUUUUCACUGGUGUGUCUCUGGUACAGCGCCACUGGCUUUGGGGUUUUCUUCCCUCUUUGUUUUUCGUAGUGGUGGUAAAGUUCGUUUUGGGUGUGCAGCCCAAUCAUGGUAACACUGUGCAGACAUCGCUGCAGCACUUUGAAAGCCGCUUGAGACAGCACUUUGGAAGACUGCAAUCUCGAUGCGGCAGUAUUCUCAUGCUGCAGGGAGAGGCUUUUGAGUUGGACUUGCUGCACAAGUCCUUGCGGGACGUUUCCGCUAUGGCGAGAAAGAUGUAUGACGUCAUGUUUCCCUUAGAGAUGGCAGAGUGGAUGUGCUUGCAUUCGACACAAGCAGCGACCGUCCUGGAGCUUAUGGCCUUUGUUUCUGCCGCCAGCCUUGGCAUGCGAUAUGGUUCGAUUGAUGGUUCGUUUGACCAGCAUUCGCACGCAGCCGGACGGUAUCUAUGCAAUGUUCAACAUUUUUUCAAUGCUUGUUCAGGUUGGAACGCCUUUCUUGGAUCCAGAACACUAUUGAUGAGCUCCACUGCAGCCUCAAAUCGGGUGAAGCAAUUGUACACCAGGCGGGCUCUUACUUUGUCUUUGCAGCAUCAUGCAAAGGCGCACCUAACUGGACAAGUUCUUAAGUCGAUGGUUGAAUCUUAG